AUGGGACAACACCGAAAGGUGCCGAAUGAUACCGAGAGGUACCGAAAGGUCCUGAACGAUAUUUUAAAUGGGGAACCGAGGUGUCAGGCCAAGGAGGGCGGAGUUGGAGGCUGGAAAAUGAAUGGGGAAGACAAAUGGGUAAAGGAGGUAGCUCUGAAAGUGGAGUUGCGUAUCCAAAGGAUGUUAGGUGACUCAAACAAACGAAACGGGUGGAGGAAUAGUUUAAGGGCAUGUCACGGGAUGUCGGAGGUCCGUCAGGAUAUUGGAGCAAAUCCGGGAUCUCCGAAUGUUCCGACUCGGGACCGAGCUUCCGGGAUGGGAGUGGCCAAGGUUCGGUGUACCGCAACCAGACUGGAGCUGAGACAGUCAGGAGGGAAGGUGACUUGGGGAGUGGGGAGGCAUGGUGUAGGGGAUGGUGAAGUUGUUAGGAAGGUGUGGUGUGGUGGGAGUGCGCGGGGUCGGGAUUCCGGGAUAUGA